UGAAUUGAUAUUUACAUGGGUCACAUGGGUGAUAAAUAGAUCAAUAGAUAGGUAACUAACAGCAUGGCAACUUGUCCCAUUGACCCCCAAGUCCCAACCCUAUGCGAUAAGCACAAGCAACCUGCAGCAAGUCCUUUCCCAGCCGUAUUCUUUUAACACCAAGUAUUCCAACUCUCCGGACCAUUUGGAGCAUCCCAUACAAACCAUUCCCCCCUCCCAACCCAUCCACAAAUUAAACGGUUGUUCCAACCCCAAGAAAAUCCAAUCCAAUCCCUAUACUAAUAUAUACAUACUCACAUACACCCACACCGCUAGUAGUCUUGUAGUCUUGCAGUCUUGCAGCAGCAACCCAACCACUAGUAGUAGUUCCACAACACGCGUUUGACCUUGUAAAACUCCCCGGUGUCUCCAGCUCAUCAUCAUCAUCAUCAUCAUCAUCAUUCCCCACCCCUUUCCAUUUUUCCUCCGUAACUCUCUCCCCCAAUUUCCAGGCCAUAAGGAUACAGAAAGAGAAGAACAAGAACAAGAAGAACAAGAACAACAACACACUAGUUGUUUCUUUGUAGAAAGAGAUGAUGGAAGUUGGGACUAAGGCGAUCUUGGCGAAACCGAUCCAGUUAGCGGACCAAGUGGCCAAAUGGGCGGACGAGGCGCACACGUUCCGUCAAGAGUGUCUGGAACUCAAGUCCAAGACUGAACGGCUGGCGGGUCUACUCCGCCAAGCCGCCCGUGCUGAGCUUUAUGAGCGACCGGCUCGUCGCAUCAUGGACGACACCGAACAAGCGCUCGACAAAGCCUUGUCGCUCGUCGCAAAGUGCCGCACUCACGGCCUUGUGAAACGUGUUUUCACUAUCAUCCCUACUACUGCCUUCAAGAAGACUGUUGUUUCUCUUGAUAACUCUAUUGGUGAUCUCUCUUGGUUGCUUCGUGUGUCUUCUUCGUCUUCCAAUGAUGAUGGUGAUGAUGAUGAUGUGCAUCUUGGCUUGCCACCGAUCGCGCAGAACGAGCCUAUUUUGUUCUUUAUUUGGAUGGAGAUCGCGAAGCUGCACACUGGGAAUUUGGAUACACGGUCGGAUGCUGCUGCAACGCUGGUGUCACUUGCUCGGGACAACGACCGCAACGGGAAGUUGAUUAUAGAAGAGGAUGGUGUCGGACCGUUGCUGAGGCUUUUGAAGGAAGGUCGGGUGGAGGGGCAGGAUAACGCGGCGCAUGCGCUUGGGUUGCUCGGGCGUGACCCGGAGAGCGUCGAACAGAUGGUGAUCGCUGGGGCGUGUUCUGUUUUCACCAAGAUCCUUAAAGAAGGUCCGAUGCGUGUUCAGGCUCGAGUCGCCUGGGCGGUGGCUGAGCUCGCUGAACAUCAUCCCAAGUGCCAGGAUGUGUUCGCGCAGAACAACGUUGUUCGGCUCCUCGUCGGCCAUCUCGCGUUUGAGACCGUGCAGGAGCAUAGUAAGUAUUUGAUCCCUUCCAAGGUUACAUCCAUCCACUCGGCGGUGCUUGCGAGUAAUAGCAACCAAAGCAAUGAGCUUGUGAACGUUGUGAGUUCUGUGGAUGCUUCCGAGCAGAGCCAGGUUAAGCACCCGCUCGGCAAGAAUGGGAAGAAGAACCAGAUGCAUGCUGUGAUCCAGUCCACCAUUGCUGCCAGAUCUGGUAACAACAAGACCCAGUCUAAUGGUCUGAUUGUGAGGCACCAACAUCAGGGGUCGCUCUCUGGGGCGAACCUCAAAGGGAGGGAGUUCGAGGACCCUGACACUAAGGCUUGGAUGAAAGCCAUGGCUGCCCGGGCUCUUUGGCAUCUUGCCAAAUGCAACGCUGCUAUUUGCAAGAACAUUACUGAGUCAAAGGCCCUUCUUUGCUUUGCUGUGCUGUUGGAGAAGGGCACGGAGGAGGUUAAGUGCAACUCCGCCAUGGCUUUGAUGGAGAUCUCUCGCAUGGCGGAGCAGGAUGCUGAGCUCCGUCGUUCUGCAUUCAAGCCUACUUCAACCACCGCCCGGGCGGUGGUUGAUCAGCUGUUGCGCGUGGUGGAGAAAGCCGAGUUUGAUGAACUUCUAGUUCCCUGCAUUAUCUCUUUAGGUUGUUUAUCAAGAACUUUCCGAGCAACUGAGACCAGGAUCAUAGGGCCAUUAGUGAAGCUUCUUGAUGAGAGAGAAGAGGUGGUAUUGAAGGAAGCUGCCAUUGCACUGACAAAGUUCGCCUGCACGGAGAAUUACCUCCAUCUCGACCAUUCAAAGGCGAUCAUCGAUGCCGGGGGUGCCAAGCACAUAGUUCAGCUUGUGUACUUUGGUGAUCAAACAGUUCAGAUUCCGGCAUUGAUCCUACUAUGCUACAUUGCUCACCAUGUCCCGGAAAGUGAAUUAUUGGCUCAGGCUGAAGUUCUGCCGGUGCUUGAGUGGGCAUCGAAACAGAGCUUCAUGGUGCAAGAUCCCAUUGUGGAUUCAUUGCUCCCUGAUGCCAAGGCUAGGUUGGAGUUAUUCCAAUCUCGAGGAGGCUUCAGAGGUUACCAUUGAUUCAUCCAUACACUAGUACACCACUCUGUUAUGCUUGCUAGUCUUCAACUUCCAUUCACACAUGUUCAACAAGAGUGUACAUAAUUUUGUUUUGGUUUUGUCUUGGUCAUAGCAAACCAGUCCCCUGAAUUGUAGUGUUGGGGAGAUUCCAUUAUGAAUAUUGAAU